AAAUUAAUUACACUGAAACAUAAUAUAAUAACCAGACAUCGUGAAUCCGCGUGGGACGUCUUUAUUGAACGCGAGGCAACGCGAAGCAACACGAAGCCAUUCGAGGCAACCAUUUUGCCAAUAUUUUAGAGAUUUAACGUAGUUUUAAAAAAUGUACGAUGUUUUAACAUGAAUAAAAUGCUGAAUGCUACAUCCUCAUUAAGUAAUGCCAGAUUUCUCAUAGACUAUAUUUUUAUCUUUAUCUUGAUUAAGUUAUUUUUGCCGAAUGUCGAACAAGCACGCCAUACUUCAAAGAACCUUCGGUAGCACGUCAUAACCCGACUGUUGAAAAAGUCUGCCGUGCGCGUCCUUCUAUCUUCGCUCCCGCCGGGAGCAGUAAAAGGUGUCUGUUUUACUCUGAAACUCGAAGCGACGAAUGCUAACUUCGCACGGGGUAUUUUCGUGUUCGUUGGCCGGGUUUUAGAGCAGAGGAGCAGAGGCAGUCUCGUUGAGAGACGGUUGUAUUUGCAGGCUUUUGCCGCGUGACAAACGAGCAUGAGUAACGCAACGCAUCAAUUUGGUUCCAGUACCGCGCCAAAUUAACUAUUGUUUACGUCGCUACUGUUGUACACUUUUCUUGUUGUUUUCGAUUAAUGCGGAUCUGCAGGGAUCGGAUGAAUACCCGAGUUAAAUUCGUACUUAUUAAGAAAUAUUUUACUUUGGCGGGACUUUCAAAGUUGAAUAGCAUCAUGGUUUCGAUUUCUAAACCAUUCGAAGUGAAGACAUGGAGGCGGCCGACUCGACGAGAGCCUCUCCGUCAGAUUUCAACAUUUCGAGUCUUUCGAGGGUUACAAGCCCAUCACUUGACGCUCGAAAGCAUUGGUAUGUCCUCAAGAAGGAAAUUUGUGGUGUCCGACCGGCGGACUUUUUGAGAAACGAGAUAUUUAGGAGAUUUCCCGACGAAAUACGAAGUGUAGCAACCCGGGAACUUCAACCCGCCAAAUCGGCGUUUGUUGUCGUUGAGUUCAACAGAAUGCCAAGUACCGUCUUCGUCACUUCCACGUUCGGCUUAAUUGCAGGCCUUAUUCGUCAGAAAGGUAUUCCACCAAACAGCCUUAUCAAUUCGCCACGUUUUCUGCCAGUUGUUGGUCUGCUAAACUCCGUCGCAUUGGAUUUGGACAAUGAUUUGGACCCCGAUCGCGCGGAAGACAUUUCUUUUGGCGGGAAAAUCUACCAAAGCUCAGUGGAGCUCAGUUCCUUGCUCGCUGAAAGAACGGCGAAGAUAGACUCUCUUGAAAUACAGAUAAAGGAUCUUCAAGCUCGGAUUGCAGAAUUCGAGUCGUUCAUGGAAACAAGUUUGAACGAUUCAUCCUUUUCCGAUUUGUCUUCCCCGUGUUGCUCCUCGACGCCGUCAAAAUCAUGCCUGAGUUCCUCGUGUAGUUCAAUCGAGGAUACAAAGAUCUGUCCAGAUUUGGGAUCCACGAACAAGAAACGGCUGGUGCUUAAAAAAUGCAGGGAGGUUAACGCUGCCCUGGAGGACGUUUCUGCAAAGUACCAUGAGUCAAUCGCUUCUGUCCUGGGGAACACCUUUUUGUGUGGCACAAGUGAGGAGAGAGGAAAGGUACGGGAUACCAUCUCCGAAGUCAUAGACUUGGUAAUGGAAUCAAAUGGUACCAAGAAGGCCUUGUCUCAGCUCCUCUCUCCAGAAACACAAGCGCGUAUAUUUGAAAGCAUGCGUGUUCCAGACUGGGUGCUGUUGUAUUUCAAGUUACAAACACGGUUGCCUGAUUCAGCAUGGCAGACAUUGCUGAACUUAACUCGACUGGGAAAGAGUGGGAGAUCUGAGGACACACCUGUACUGCUAUCAAAGAACAAAAUCAAAGCCAUAAAAAAACUAGUGUUCACUGUGGUACGAAAAACUUUGAAAAUUGCAAAAGUUGGUGAGGCAGAUUUUGAUGCUUGCGAUGUUGAUCUUGGUUCUGUUCUUGUGUGGGCAAUAAGGGAGCAGCGUCUUCAUUCAUGUGACACAGAAGACAAAGAGUUCAACAUAAAACUUGAUGGACGCCCCCUUGGAGGUAAAGAUCAAGUGGCUGUAGGCCUGGCACCCAUUAAUUUUGACAACAAGAGUUCUGAGAGUGCAUUGUCAAUUUACCCCAUUGCAAUAGGGAACUGUAAAGAAAAAAGGUCAAAUUUAAAGCAGUUACUCAGGAAUCUAAAUCAUCAAAAGAAUGCUAUUAAAAAAUAUGGCUUGUGGGUGGAUGGAAAAAAGUAUAAAAUUUCUUUCACAGUGACUAUUGAUUACAAGGCCUUGCUACUUCUACUGAAUAAGAAAGAUGAUGAAGAUUUCAAACUUGGAGGCAAAGGAUAUGACGUGGAAUUUUGUGCAUUUUGUGAUGCUAUCAGAGCUUGUACAUGUCAUGGAGCUGACGUAGAUGAAACCUGUUUGGAUUGCCUAAGAUCUAAAGCAAACAUUGGAAGGUCUUCAGGCAUCCGAGAUGAUCUUAAUUUCCUUCUGGAGGAAGACCUAAGUGCCAUCAACCUAUGCUCUCUACAUUGUGAGAUGAGAAAUUGCGAACAAAUUUUGGGCUCUUUGGGAUUGUUUGCUUGUCGCAUUGGAAGCCUUGACAAGCUGAAUGAGGCUUUGUCUGAUUAUGGUCCUGAAAAUUUGCGGGCAUUUCCAAGAGUAACUGUAAAGGAACGGAAAGGACAGCAAACAGAAAUAGAUAGAACAAACAUAAAAGUGGCAUCUUUUUCAGGUUCUACUGAAAGGGCAGUUUUAAAGAACUUUGAAGAAAUUGUAGAAAGAUCACUGCCACUUGAGAAAGUAACAAAAUAUUACAAGGGAUCCCCUGGAGCUGCAAAAGAGGUCAUUUUGAACUAUGUCACAUUCUUUGAAGAGAGAGUACUGUUUGUUAGUGAGUUGCUUGACACGGGAAGCUUCAUACGAGAUUAUGGCUCAAAGCAAGAGCAAGUCAACCUCAAUGACAUAAAAGAGCUCAAAGCAUUCUUGGUUGAUCUAAAAGAGCAAUGGGUAAACAAGCAGAAGGAUGUGGAAGAAAAAUUCCUAGAGCUUGAUGAAGAGUCAAAAGUGCAAGUGCCAUUGCCAAAAAAACGGAAAAGAGGGAAGAAGACAGAGCCACAAGAACAGUUGUCUGAUCCCUUUGCCACAUAUGCAGCAGAAAUUCAACUUGAGAUGUUUACUAAGGUCUGCUGCGAUUGGAGAGAGAUCGCACUAACAAUGCGUGACAGAGUGUUUGAAGAGCAUGAAGAGCAGCUUAUUGACAUCUAUGAUGUAAAGUGCAAGGAAUGGGGGUUUUUGCUAAAGAAGUUAUUUGGUAUGCAUCUUGGCACUGGUGAUUAUGGUCACCUGGUUGUAGAUCAUAGUGCUAUGCUUUUGCGUCAUUUUCGCUCUCUUUACAAAUACUCUGGUCAAGGAUUUGAGUCCUCCCACAAGCUGCAUCGCCAGUUGUACUCAAAGGCAACAAACCAUGAUGCAUCUGGACCUGGCCAGUCCUUGAAUCAAAUUCUCACCCACUGGUAUGCAACUAUGCUGUUGUCUUUAAGAUACUCAUUCUACGAAGCCAGGAAUUGCAUCCAGUUGGGAAAGAAAACAUUUUCUUAUCGUGGAUGUGGUUGGAAAAGUGGAGAUUAUGAUUUGAAAUCAUGGACAGAUGAAAAGAAAACCUGGAUAAUAGUUGUCUGUGAUCUGUUUGAGCAGAUGUUUGGAACUGACUUCCUGAAAUAUGAUUAUGAAAAGGAUCAUGGAGGUAAGGUUGAUGAUGGGCUAUCAUCUAGCCUUUUAGAGUACUGUCAUGAGUACUGGGAGAGGCAUUACUCUCUACACGAUGGAGAGCCACAUGAUGAUACCAAGCAUCAUUGCCACCCCAGAGUUAAUUUAAGUGCUGAUGACAUGCUACAACUGAUACAAAAAAAGCAAUCAGCACCUAGACACGAAAAAUGCGAUGUUUCAUCUGAAAAGCUUGACUCUGCUUUGAUCGAAGACCAAGGAAAUCCAACAACAUCACAGCCAAUGAAGCCACAAGGGGAUGAGGAUGAGGGUGCCAACAUAGAUACUGGAACCAAUCAACAGCCAGAAGAAGAACAGAGCCCCACACUAACUUACAAAAAAUUUAGCUGCAACUCUGAUUCCACUUCCAUUAAUUGCGAUCCAUCCCCAAAAAUUGCUGAUAGUGCCACUGUCAUUAUUGAAGAUGAAUGUAAUAUGAUGGCAUCACAGCAAACCAGCCUUCAAGUUGCGAUUGCCAAGGCCACAACAAGAGCUGAAGUUGCUGCCCUUUACAGCCUCAUUCCAAAAGUAGCAUCACGAUCACUCUCUGCACAGCUAAAGCCAGUUUAUGGAAAUCUGUCCAUUUCAGAUCCAUUUUCUAUAGCAGAGCGUCCUUGUGAAAGUGAUAUCAAGAAGGCUAACAAAAUCAUUCACGAUGAGCGAAAAGCUGGCAAGAAUCCUAGUGGUAUUGAGAUUCAAGGCAUAGGACAGUUCGCUGAGAAUGCCUUACCUAUCUUGCAACGAUUCUGUGCGAUAGCAGACACUUACCAUCGGGUAUCUGCAGAAGCCAAUUGGCUAUCACAGAUGAUGUGCUCACCUGGAGAUCUUGUGCGGUUGCAAGAUGCCCUUUGGCAUCAUCCAGCUAAUCAGCCAAUAUUGAAGCAUGGUAAUAAGAGAUUAGAUACCACAUCAUUUUCGGAUCUUGUCGAGGAGCGAUACAUUGACAGCUUUGUCAUUGACAUUUGUAUUAGCAAGUUUCUCGAUGAGUCCAAAGAGAGUGGAAAUAAUUUCACAGUUUACUUUCCAACAGAGUUCUAUGAUUGGAUGAGCUCAAAUGACAAGCAGUUCCAACAGCAUCGGUUGAGAGAAAGAUUAAAGCUGUUAAGAAACAUUGAUGACUUAAAACAAAUAUUAGUGCCAGUGUACAUGCCCAGCCACUGGGGACUAAUCUUUGUAGAUGUAGCCAACAGAAAGGUAUAUUUUGAUGAUGGACUGAAUUCUAAUGCUCCGCAUCUGGCCCUUCCUUCAGUCAAAAGGUCAUUAGAAUUGCUCUUGGAAAUGUACCCUUGCCAUACAUCUCUACAAACACGUUUCUGGCGAGAACAUCAGGGAUUUCAGCGUUUUGGCAUGCCAUCUCAGAAUCCAAUUAAUUCAAAGAUGAUUGGAGUUGGAAGCUGUGGUAUUGGUGUUGUCAUGGCUGCAAAGGAUUUUAUCCUAAAGGGUCCCUCGGUCAUUCACAACUUCCAGUGGCGCUACUGUGACAUGGAUUUGCACAGAAAACAAUUAAUGAUGCAGAUUCUUAAUUGGAGUGCACAAGCUUGAAUCCUAGCACUUAAUGUCUAAAAGAAGAACUUAUGUCUCAUGUCAGAUGGGCUGUUGUUAUCUGAAGCCCGAAUACUUUUUUUAUCCCUACAAUUUUUUGCUCUAAUUUGGUCUGUCUCACUUGGGUAGUCAGUCCAUGAUGGGCUGUUGUUAUCUGAAGGCAGAACCUAAUUGUUUUAUUAUUAUUUUGCACUAAUUUGUUCUGUCUCACUUGGGUAGUCAGUCCAUGAUGGACUGUUGUUAUCUGAAGGCAGAACUUAAAUGUUUUAGCAUUAUUAUUUUGCACUAAUUUGUUCUGUCUCACUUGGGUAGUCAGUCCAUGAUGGGCUGUUGUUAUCUGAAGGCAGAACUUAAUUGUUUUAGCAUUAUUAUCUUGCACUAAUUUGUUCUGUCUCACUUGGGUAGUCAGUCGAUGAUGGGCUGUUGUUAUCUGAAGACAGAACUUAAUUGUUUUAUUCUUAUUAUUUUGCACUUAUUUGUUCUGUCUCACUUGGGUAGUCAGUCCUUUUGGACUGUUGUUAUCUGAAGG